UUUGUCAGUAGUGCCUGCAGCAGGGCUCGACUAACAGCUAAGAAAACAACUAUAUCAAGACUUUUUAGUUAUUUCUGGGAUCCAGAUUUGAACCAAAUUGGGGUAUGCUCUCCAGAGGGAGCACUCCCAGGGUCCUCUGUCCCUUCUUGCUGUGAAAGAGACUCUCUCUGGUCCCAAGUGUUAAUCUCCCUUCUGUGGGAGAUUAAAAGAAAAAGGUGGUUUCAUCUCCAGGCAACACCCUGUGCCAAAAAAAAAUGGUUUCUGUGCAAUAGUCCUAGAAAGGAGAUCCAAGGAGAUGAGAUCAGACUGGAAUGAGAUAACAUCAGCCAAAGAAAUGGUGCCGGAAUUGACAAUAAGAAAAACAAGCACAGAUGAGUUCAGUAGGUGUGAAAGCUACGGGGCCUGUUGGGCUGGUCCCUGCUCAGUCAGCUGUGGACAAACACACCCAGAAGAAAGCCCAGCUGCCCUGUGGGCACACAGAGCUCAGUUCUGCCAUCACCUUCACCAGGAAGGCUGCAGGCGUCCAUGUGCAGCUGAGUAGGUCUAGCUGAGCCCAGCACCUGCACAGCCUUUGCUAGAAAAUAAAGGUUUGUCCCUGAGGCAGUCUGCAUGUGGAAACGACUUCCAGCAGAGAAAAUGGGCCAGAAGGUCUCCCAGGAGGACAACCAGAAGAACAAGGCUGAAACACUGGUCAUCUGUGAAGUCUUCAGCCAGGGUGUGCUCCAUGCAUCUCAAAGGCUGAAGGACUAUCUGGGUUUUGUGGAUCCUCAAAGCAAAUUUCAGCCAGCCACAAACACACUGAGCGAGAUCUUCCUGGUCAACUUCAUCGGUUUCUGCGUGGGAAAGGGCGUGGAGGAGCAGAUCACGACCAGCAAAAUGACCAAGCAGCAGUCCUCCCUGUUUGGAGUGGACUGGAUCUGGACUCUGUGUGGGUCUGACAAGCAGAUCAAGCUGCAGAUCGCCGUGCAGGCUUUGCAGCCGGCCGAGCUCUUGCACGGUGAGGGCCCUGCCGAGGAUUGCUGCCGGGAGGCCGCGCUGGCCGACGAGUGCUUCCAGAACAUGAGCAGGUUUGAGAAGCUGGCCGAGUUCUGCCGCCUGGUGGGACGGGACUGCCUGGGCUUGUUCGUCAUGUUCGGCGUGCCAGGGAAGCCCAAGGACAUCCGAGGAGUCCUGCUGGACAGCGUUGCCAAGGAGGAGCAAAAAUGCUGCCUGUCGGGCAGGAAUGCGCUGCGGCAAUUUGUCACCAGCACUGACAGCUCCCUGCCCACAAGAGACAUGCUGGAAAAUUGCCUGGGCACCAAAAACAGGCUGAAGGAUGUGGGAAAUGUGUACAUAAACUUUGUGUGAGCAGCUGGGCAGGAGCAGCAGCUCUGUGCAGCACCAGGGGCCGUGUGGGGCUCAGCUCUGCCCCUCUCUCUCCUCCCCAUGCUCCAUUCCCUCCACCUUCCCCUGGACCCAGCGUGUUCCCUUAGCUCCUGCAGAAACCAGGCUGAGUCAGCCUCUCCAGAUUUUAAAACAACAGGAUGGAUCUGCCAAAAAAAAGUGUUUAUAGAAGGCACGAUGUUUUUCCAGAACAUUUUGUUCGCCAGACAUUAAGUCUUGGCUGGAGCUGCUGAGAGUUUUAUCAGCCAGAGCUCUGGGGAGGUCCUGGUGGAUUUGACUCAGAGCCUUUGUUUGCAGUGUGGCAGAUUUUUUUCCUGUCCUAGGAGGGUGAGUCUAAUAAUGGAAAUGUGCUGGUGCUGGUCAGAACAGUUGAAAUGAGUGUGAAGGACAAUACCAGGCCUUAAAAUGACUGAUUUGAAGGAGUGAGCUGGUUUCAGUUAAGAGGAAAAUCCAUUCCUAGUGCCAGAAAUUGGCUCUGAGAGAGACUUAUUAAUUACCUGCUCCCUAAUUGGUGCCAGGCUCCACAGGGCCUUGGAGCUGUGAACAAAAAGGCAAGGCUGGAGCCAACUUCAAAGCUUUUCUCACUGAGUGGCUGUGUCAGGGCAAGGUGUGGCAAAAGCUAGGGGCAGGUGUUCAAGAACACUUGGGAAAAAUCGAGCAAUGGCAACAAAAAACAGGCCUGAUGUAGGUGUGAUCUUAUCAUAGCAACAGAGGCAGCCCCUGACCAUUCACAGCAGAGAGCAAAUCUGGAGGAGGCAAGAUUAUGUCACUUGGAAUUUUUUUCAGUAGCUUAGCAGCUGAUGGUAUUUAUGGGGCUGAUUUAUUCUAUUUCCCUCAGCUUUUACUGGACUAAGUCAGCCUUUUGGGUUAUAUAGUUAUAAUUAGUUGCUUUAACCAGUGAAGGACGACCUGAUCCAUAUUUAAACUGGUAAACUCACUUUGGUUAUAGCUGUCUGAAUAGUCUUGUCAGUGCAAAACUCAUCUGCCUCUAAUUUUCAUAUAAAUUCAGUCAUUUAACAGAAUAAAAUUAAUAUUGAAAACACA